AUGAAAAUUGCUAUGAAGCAUCUUAGGCUUUAUCGAGCGCAGAGUGAUUAUUUGCAAACCAGCACUGGAGGGGCCUUUUAUUCAAGUGCGACUCCCCACCGCCUGAUUUCACUCAUUUACUCUGGGACUUACGUUCUGGAACACCCAAUCGACUUGUCACUGCCAAAAAACACUCUGGCUCCUCUAGAAAAACAGCAGUACAAUAUCGGAAACACUAAACAAUCUCAGCAACACCCAGAAACUUCUCACUGUCUUGCUAUAACGCAACCCGUACAGCCUCCAAUCAGUAAGGCGAACGCGAAUGCAUCGCUGGUUUCGAGACAAGUCAGGAAACUGAAGCUGUAUCAGUGCCCGGAAUGUGGGAAACAACUGGGAAGCACUUCCAGCUUAUACAGCCAUCAUUUGCGUUACCACAGCGUCGAAACGCUCCACGUAUGCUGCGUUUGUUCCAAAAAAUGCAUUGCCAACAACGAAUUGAUCACACAUAUGCGAGUGCAUUCCGGGGAACGACCGUUCAAAUGCAGUGUUUGCAGCCAAGCAUUCAGCCAAAAUGGCGCUUGUGAGCGUCAUAUGCGAAAACAUACCGGCAAAAAGCCGUACGCCUGCGAAUUUUGUAACAAAACCUUUUCUCGCCUUGAUAAUCUGAAGACUCAUAGCGAAACUCAUAAUCGCUAA